ACUCGAUUAGUAUCCAAGGAAUGAAAAAAGAAAAAGAAAAGAAGGGAGAGAGAAAGCGACUGAAUGGCGAUCGAUAUAUAAUAAUAGGAAGGAAGGGGAUACACAAAGUCGAAAGUUGCAUAGCGGUUUUCAGUUUUCCAGUUUUCAACUUCCACCAAUUCCCCCCUUUGUCAAUUCUGUGUUGAGCGAGUGAUAGUUAAUUAAGAAAGAAGAGAAUAUAACAAAGUAAAGUAUAAACAAAGGGCCUCCCCCUGGAUUUGAUUUUUAUUUAGUAUAUUUAUAUAAGGAAUUUCCAUUUUCCAAAUUUCCAAUACCCUUCUCAGUCCUCUCCUCACCUGUUUGUUUGGCUCUUUCUUCUCUGGACUCCGGACGACUCUACUCCUACAUCAACAAAAGGCAGUCUGGGCUUUUCCUCCUUGCAAUAUCUUUCAAGGUCUGUUGGUCUCUCUGUCUGUAUGUCUGUCUGUCUGUGAUCUAUCUCUCUCCAGACUGCAGACACCAAACAAGCUUAAAGCUGAAAGCUUCUUAAAGGCUAAAGGCGGUAAUUGUGGGGUGUCCACCAACUUGCAAACUCGAUCCAAAGUUUCUGCCUUUAUGUUAAUUGAAAAAACCACAACGCUUGACCAAUCACUCACCCUUCCUAUAACAGACAAGAUAUAGUCAGUCUUAGGAUAUGGGAUGCCUGGUCUCAACACCGAAAGAUGCACUAGGAAAUAGGAGAAGGCCUGCAAACAUUGGGGAAGUCUCUGUCUAUGUCCCUGGUUUGCGAAUCCCUAAACCUGUUGAUUUCUCUCAGUCACUUGGUGAUCACUUGUCCAAGAGUUUAGUGGAACGCCUAUCUGCAUUAAGGACUCGCAUAGUUGUGAUGGCUGCCCAAGAAGGUCCGACAAUUACCAGAACAAAGAGAAGAGCUGCUACUCAACAUGGUGGUUCAACAUUGGCCGAUCUUCAGCAGGCUCUCGAGGAUUACUUGCCUGUCCUUUUGGGAUUAAUGAAAGAUGGAAGCCAGCUACACCACAAGGUUCAAUUUUUGUGGGUAAAUCAAGAGGAUGAUGCAGAGGAAACAGCUAUGUCUAACGCAUGGUACGAGGUGCUGUCGAUUUUGCACUUAAUGGCAAUGCUAGCAUUUUCACAAGCUAACUUGUUACUUCUUCCAAGAACAUCUGCUGAUGGUUAUCAGCCAAAAGUAACAGAAGAGAGUAGACGAGCUUCCAUUGAUAUUUUCCUGAAGGCAGCAGGAUACCUUGAUUGUGCAGUCCGACAUGUCCUUCCACAGUUGCCUACUGAGCUCAAGACAAACCUGCCAGUUGACUUAGCAGAAGGAGUUCUUCGAGCGCUUUGCCUACAAGCAUUAGGACAGGGUGUUGAUAUUCAACUUGGAAUGGCAAUUGAUAGCACAAAAGCCACACUUGCAGUGAAGCGAAGGCUUGCAUGUGAAAUGGUAAAGUAUUGGCAACAGGCUCAAGAUAACCUUAUGAACCUUCCCUUAUUAAAUGGUUGGGGUGAAAAGCAUCGGCUCUUUGUGAAGUGGAAAUAUGUUGAGGCAAAGGCUGCUGCAUAUUACUAUCAUGGUUUGAUCCUUGAUGAGGGUAACACAGAAAAAUUUCAUGGGAUGGCUGUAGCUGCCUUGCAAGCAGCAGAUGAGUAUUUUAAAGACGGUAGGAAGGCAUGCGAUGCAUUUAACGCUGCUCCCCCUUUGUCGAGAAAUCCACCGCUCUGGGGAACCAUGAAGUAUCUAUCUGAGAAAAUUCCUAAAGAUACUUCAAGCAAAGUGCGGAUAAACCGUGAUCUGUACUCGCACGAAAAAAUCAUGGAGACAGCGCCAACAUUGCCCGAUUUUGCAUUGGCCUUGAAACCGGAUGAAUUCCAACUUCCUCCAGUAGACCCCUCUUGGAACAUGGAGCACAUGAAUAAGGGUUCCAACCAGCUCUAAUGACAGAAUAUAAGCCAUAUACGAGAAUACUUUUGUGCAUUACAGAGUACAAGUCCAGAAGCGUGGAUGGCCAUUCAAAACCGGAUGGAUUAUUCUUCAAUCGCUGUGCAUCCAUUUUCCCUUAUAAAUUUCUUUUGUUCCUCCCCCUUGCGUAAUUUACUUUUGAUAGAGCUUUGUAUAAGUCUCCCCUCUGCUGUGUGUAAGUUGUUAAUUGACUGCUUCAGGGAAAGAGCUGAAUGGUUUGUUUGCAAAUUAACAAAAAUGCGGUGUUUGCCCAUCAAAGUUAAUCCAGUACGAAUAUGAUUGUCCA